AUGGUAUACGCCGCUUGGACAUUAUUGAGUCUUGCUGCGGUUAGCUAUGCUGCACAAAAAAGGGCUGGAUCCGCGACGGCAUAUAGCUCCAACUCCGCUGGAAACUAUAAGCUUUCUUCGGUUGCUGCGCCCGUUCAAGGUGCCGGUAGUCCCGGAUCAGAGUCAACUUGGAAGCUGAGCGUCGAUGAUACCAGUUCUGGCCACAAGCAGACUAUAGUUGGGUUUGGUGCAGCUGUCACCGAUGCCACCGUCACUUCCUUCAACACCCUAUCCAGCUCCGACCUCCAGUCUCUCUUGAAUGAUCUGAUGACCUCUUCAGGUGCAGACUUCAGUUUGAUGCGUCACACGAUUGGUGCAUCUGAUUUGUCUGGAGACCCGGCAUAUACAUACGAUGACAAUGGAAACGCUGCUGAUCCAUCGAUGACUGGGUUCAAUUUGGGAGAUCGCGGAACUGCGAUGGCAAAGAUGCUUGCUUCGAUGAAGUCGUUGCAAUCUAGCUUGAAAAUCUUCGGUUCUCCGUGGAGUGCUCCUGGUUGGAUGAAGUUGAAUGGAGUCAUAGAUGGAACCACAACAAACAACAAUCUGAAUGAUGGGUACCUCAGUGGAGGAACUGGAAGUUCAGGAUAUGCAAGCGCCUUCGCCCAGUACUUUGUCAAGUACAUCCAGGCUUAUAAAAGCCUAGGCGCUCCCAUCGACGCCAUCACGAUCCAGAACGAGCCUUUGAACAGUCAAUCAGGCUAUCCUACUAUGUAUGUCUAUGCGGACGAAUCUGCACAGCUGAUUCAGAACUACAUUGGGCCUGCUUUAAAGAACGCGAAUCUUGAUACGGAUAUUUGGGCAUAUGACCACAACACUGAUGUCGCUUCAUAUCCCCAGACUGUUAUAAAUAAUGCCGGUGAAUACGUUGAUUCUGUCGCAUGGCAUUGUUAUGCGACAAAUGUUGACUGGACCGUACUCACCCAAUUCCACAAUACCAAUCCCAAUGUUAAACAAUAUAUGACCGAGUGUUGGACUCCAUCAGGUACAUGGAAUCAGGCAGUUGGCUUCACUAUGGGCCCCUUACAGAACUGGGCAUCCGGUGUCACUGCAUGGACUCUUGGGACUAACUCUGAUGAUGGUCCUCAUCUUUCUAGCGGUGGAUGUUCAAAUUGCCAAGGUCUAGUCACCAUAAGCAAUGGGGGAUAUACUUUCAAUCCUGCCUACUAUAUGAUGGCACAAUUCAGCAAAUUUAUGCCACCUGGUGCGAUCGUGUUGAGUGGUAGCGGUAGCUACACUUACUCAAAUGGAGGAGGCAUACAGUCUGUGGCUUCACUAAACCCAGAUGGAAGUCGAUCAGUUGUUAUUGAGAACACAUUUGGCAAUGAUGUUUAUGUUACUCUUUCUACUGAAAGCGGAGAAGAGUGGAGUGGAAAUAUUCCAGCUGAAUCAGUGACCACCUGGGUGCUCCCCGCUUCAACUUGA